AUGCGGCAUGAGUUUCGGAAGGCCCAAGUGUUGGUGGAGAGAGCUGUUGAUGCAGUGGAUGCGGCAAAUGCCCAGUUGGCAUUAGGGGGAAUGUAUGUGUCUAAAGCUCAGACACAGCUCUUAGCGUGGGAAGAAGCAGAGAAGUCGAAGGAGGAUGGUGGAUGCAUUAAAGGGACAUUUGGCCAAGUUGUGACACAUGAUGGUUUCUUGAGGGACCAAGCAGAGCAUGCUCAGAGAAAAUUAAAUGAGCAAGAGUUGGAACGAUGGAAGGAAGAGGCUAAGGAGCGGUGGAAAGUGUUCAACAACUCACAGAAGGCAGAAAUAACAAGCUGGCAUGAAGAAAAAGCGCACUUGGCCACACUCAAACAAAAAGCACCACCAAAGCCACUGGAGGUCCGAAUGAGGGAGUGGAUGGCCAAAAAUUAUCCACAGCUUCAACAAAACAAGCCCUUCACAUCACUGGAGGAUGCAGGACACUGA